CAGUAGGCUACAAGACAAAAGAAAACGUUAAACGAAAACAAAGCGGGGCUCCUUGCUCUCCUGUCCAGCGUUUCCUGUCCAGUUUUUGCUUAUAUCUAACGGUAGGAAUUUGUUUUUAUCUGCAGAAUUAGUUUUAUGCGCUGCUUUACGACGAAAUGCAAAUAAGGAAGAGCGUAAAAUCAAGUACCUCCUGAAAGAACAGAUUGCCAGAGUUUAUUCGAGCGAAAUUGUUUUCUGUUGCCUUGUAAACGAGCUACUAGUUACAGUCAGUGUAAACCAGUGGUUAACAUAUGAAGGAUCGCGCACAGAAUAUCACUUUUCCGGAAAUUAGUUUUUGGACGUGACAGUUGGUUGCAGUUUAAGGUCAUUCGUGCGCUCUCACCUUCCGUACCAUUUUUUUAAAAAAGAAAGACAGUGUAUUUCAUCUCAGUUGGAUAUUUUUCAUGGUGGUAAAAAUAAAUGAACAAAAUAACAACACCGGGCAUAGAAAAUAUUAAAACCAGGUUUUAAUUUUAAAAGCGAAAACAGUGGAAUCGGACAUGAACGGGUUUCAGUCCAGUCCAGCGGAUUGUCCGGCUGGAAGCGUCUGUUCUAUUGAAGGCUUGCCUCCGUUACCUAAAGGACUGAGCGGUAUCCUGAACUCGAGCGGAGGGUCCUGGAGGGACAUUGAGAAGGUCUACAGCAAGAGGACGCGCAUCCAGGCGGACAUCAGCAAGUCCAGAGUGAGCGACUGUCUUGGCCGCAGUAAACCCGCGAGCCUUGACGCAGCGCUGGCCGUGCUGCGCAAAGAGAUGGUUGGACUUCGACAGUUAGACAUGUCGCUGCUGUGCCAGUUGUGGUCUCUAUAUGAGUCCAUACAGGAAUACAAAGGAGUUUUCCAGGACAUCUCUUCUUCCCUGUGUGAGAGUUCCUUCAUUACCGAAAAUGGUUAUUCUGAAGACGAAGAGGAGGAAGAUGAAGAUGAACAUGAAAGAGAGAGUGGGGAGACGCUGUUGUCCCUUCCUCAGCCCACUCAGAACUCUCGAGACCAGUGGAUCAAAGACUCCUUCCACAUCCCCAUUUAACUGAAGCAUGUGCUCUCUCAGCUACUGUACGGAUCUCAGUAUGGAUUCUGUAAGCAUUCAAAUGAAACAAGACCUUUAUUUUUGUAGGAUACUAUUACAAUGGUGAUUGUAAGGUUGUUUCAAGGGAACUAUGAAAAACUGCCUUUUCACUGCCUGUGAAGUAAUAAAGACCGGAUGAGGGUUGACAGGAAGAGGAUGUUGUAGACAGAAACAGUGUGGUCAAGGAUGUUUUUCUACAUAUGGCAAAGGGUGUAUACAUAAAAAAAGACAUGCCUUACAUACUAUUCUCUUUUGUGGUCACAAUUUCAUUAUAUUAUGAAGAUUCAUCAGAUGUAUAUUAUCACUUAUCACUCUAUUUUCUCUAUCACUUGCGUGCAUUUUCGAUACUGUUUAUUUUAUUAUGAAAUAUUAUUUUUUUCCACCUCUGUCUUUCAUUAGUAAGUUAAACACAAUGCAGAAUGUGCUUUUCUGUACAAAGUAAAUAAAACAAUUAAAAUGGUGCGGUCUCAAAUAAGUGUUCAAAACAGCUGUCCAGUGCAGAUAUGAUCAAAUCAGCCAUUAGGUGGCACUCAUUUCCUUUCUAAACUUUCUAAAUGGAUGUUGUUUUGAGUCAAGACGCCUGGAGUAUUGGAGUAAACAAAAUAACUGUUUCUGGAAACAUCUGCCCUCUUCAUCGUCUUGGUACCGUGUAGCGCGAAAGAAGAUUGCU